AUGAUGUCACCUAACGUACCCCUACUCGUGCAGGUUUCGACGGGAUGCCUUUUUUCGCCGACCGGCUCAUCGGCGUUUUGCACGGGCCAGCUUGAUCUGCGUCACACCUUUGAUGUACCGUUCAAGCUAGGCACUGGUAUCGUUGCUGGUGAUAUCCUUGAUACGCCAGUGGCGCCGCGCCUGCAGCCCGAGCAUCAUCUCUACUGCGCACACCUACGUGGCAUGAUGACGUCACCAGUUCAGCCCGCCAGCGCCACGCCAGCGGCUAUAAAAGGGACGCCAAUUGCUUCAAGCGGCAGUGGACACGGCAACCAAGCCGCGACGAUGUCACCUAACGUACCCCUACUCGUGCAGGUUGGUGACUGGAAAUAUGGUUUCUGUAGUGACGAUCCUUGCUUAAUAGUGUUGCCGUGUCCACACACCAUUCUAAACUGCAUAAGUGACUGUUUUGCGCUAGCGGGUCUGUUGCUUUCGCUGUCGGGAGAUGUCGAGCAAAACCCUGGACCUAUUACGGAUGCAAUGUUUAAGGAACUGCUAGAAACGCAAAAAACUAUCUUGUCUAAAAUUUCGCAAAUGCAAGAGCAACAGGCCUCAUCUGAGUCUGCUAUGAUUCAAGUUCAAAACAUAUCAUUAACAAUUGAGAAAAAAUUAGAGUGCAUAGAUAAAGUGGAUGGUAGACUGCUAAAGCUUGAGAACGCAGUCGAUAGGAGCCAUACAGAAUUGAGUGCUCUAUGCAGUAGGGUUGCCGACCUAGAAAACCACUCGAGACGAAACAACCUUAUUAUUAGAGGCGUAAAAGAAGAAGGCCCUGAGAAUGAUGGACUUACUAAAAAAAUAAAUGACGAUAUAUUUGGCUCUAUUCUCAACCAGAAACUGAAUUCUAUAGAAAGAAUACAUAGACUGGGAAAGAAAUUUCCUGGCAAAGACCGCCCUGUAAUCCUUAGAGUGGCAGACUACCGAGACAAAGUAAAGAUACUGAAAAAUUGUUUCAAGCUAAAAGGCACUCAUAUUAACAUUAGUGAGGACUACACAAAACGUGUAACUGAGAUACGGAGAAACUUGUGGGUCUCAAGUCUAGAAGAAAGAAAGAAAGGAGCGAAAGUUAGACUGGUUUAUGACAAAGUUCUCAUCAACAAUGUUUUGUACACCUGGAGUGAUGAUGCCAAGAAGAAGAUCAAGUGCAAAGCAUCUGCUAAACCCAACCACCGAUGA